AUGACAGGAAACAUGUGGAAUUCAUCUUAUGACCUGCAAGUUUUGAAGUUCUUUUAUUUGAAAUGUAGAAGAGUGAAGACAACAAGGAUAACUGAGAUUUACUUCCAUCUUCCUAAUCAUCCAUUCAUUUUAAUAUGUUGUGAUGGAGCCUCAAGGGGAAAUCCAGGUGAAGCAGGUUAUGGUUUUAUAUGCAUACUGGGGAAUGAAGAAUACAUGUUUGCUAUGUCUCGAGGUUUGGGCCUUGCUACAAAUUUUAUGGCAGAAUUUUUUGCAAUAAUAUGUGCUGGAGAAUGGGAAAUCAACAACAACUUCCUUAAAGUCUGUUUUCAAACAGAUUCUCAAGCAGUAAUGACAGCAUUUCAAAAUGGAGAAGUACCAUGGUGGGCUUGUACUAGAUGGAACAGAAUAAAAAUUACUCUUCAAGACUGGUACUUUACUCAUGGCUACAGGGAGAUUAACUUCUCAGCUGACUUAAUGGCAAAAAAAGGAGCAGGACUAGCCAAGGGAGAAAAGAGAAAAUAUGAUACAAGACCUGACUUCAUAGGAACAAUAGAAGUACCAGAUAAACCAUACUACAAAUUUUGCUAA